AUGAUUGGAAUUCUAUUAUCUCGGGCACUUUGCACGGAUAUUAAGUAUGACGAAACCAAGCAACUUCUUACAAUUAACGCAGAUAUUGCUUAUACAAGAAAAGAAAUCGAUGUUUACGUUGGUGGAAAGAAUGUUCAACACAUUGAAAUCAGUGGAACAUAUCAGGAGAUACCAGAAGGUGCUUUCGCCAUGAUGAAUGUCGAAGAUAUCAAAAUUACAUCAACAAUUACAAAGAUUAAUGAUGCUGCAUUUUAUAACUGCAUUCUUCUUAAAACAUUCACAGUUCCAGAUGGUUGCACAUAUAUUGGAUUUGAUUGCUUCAGAGGAUGCGUCAGUCUCGCAUCAUUUUACUACAGAAAUUCUUUAAUGACCGUUCAAGGUAAUGCAUUCCAAGAAUGCGUUUCCCUUAAAGAAUACAAGCUUGCUGACGGUGAUCAAUCAAAGCCAGUUGAAGGCCAGAAGCGUACAUUUGGACCAAAUGUUUUCAAUGAUUGUAAAUCUUUAGUUACAUGCGAGCUUCCUGAUGACACAGCUGAGCUUGGUCAAGGAAUGUUCACUGAUUCACAAGUAAACAUGAAGAUCCCAACAUCAGUUACAAAGAUUCCAAAUUAUUGUUUCAAGAAUACGAAGAUGGUUGAAGCAAAUCUCGAAAAUGUUGCUCAAGUUGGUAUUGGAGCAUUCCAAAGCUGCAGUUUACUCGCCAAAGUCACAUUUGGAACGAGUCUUUCUUAUAUCCAAUCAUAUGCUUUCCAAAACUGUCUAAAGGCUGUUAUUUCCAUUCCAGAUGGACAAGACUACAUAUUUGAGAUGUACUGCUUCUCAGGAAUCGAAGCAAUGACCGAGUUCACCGUUCCAUUUUCGAUGUAUUCCAUUCCACCGGGCGCAUUCAUGAAUUGUGUCAAUCUUGAGACUGUCCAUUACCACGACCACAUGUUCCAGAUCUGGGAUUUGGCAUUCAUGAAUACAAAACUCUCUUCACUUUUCGUUCCAUGGAGAACAUUAUGGGUUGCACCAGGCGCUUUCGCCAGUAUCAAGAGCGCAUCGACAUUUAAUGUCGAAGGUGGUAAUGCCAAGGUGAUGACAGCUAACAACGGUAAGUAUUUAGUUAGAUAUGAUAAUGCAACGUUAAUUGCAUGCGUAGCCAAUGAUGAUUCCGAAGAAAUUACAAUCCCUGAUAACUAUGUAAUGAUCAUGCCAUACGCAUUCUAUGGAAAUAAUGCGAAGAAGAUCAAUUUCGGAGAUCAAUCUGGAACAAUUGGCGAACACGCCUUCGCUAAGAUGCCACGCCUUACUGAAAUAACUAUUCCAACAGGUGUAGCUACUAUUUUCGAAGGAGUUUUCCAGGAUUGCCCGAGUGUUACAAAAAUUACUCUAAAUGAUGUAAGAGAAAUCAAAGAUAAGGCAUUCCAUGGAUUGAAAUCAUUGACAGAAGUUUACUUAUCAAACGUCCAGAGGAUUGGAGAGCAUACAUUCUGCAGUUGCUCCAAUUUGAAUAAAAUUACAAAUAUGGACAAACUCCAGUACGCAGGAAAGUAUGCAUUCAACAACUGUGGAUUCACUAGCUUCGAGUUCCCAGCUUCUUUGUUGCAAAUUUCCUCAUUUAUGUUAAGUAAUAAUAAGAAACUUGCAAAAGUCAAAACUCUUGGUGCUAACACAAUAAUCCGAAAUGAUGCAUUCUCAGGAUGCGAAUCCCUUAAGACAGCGAUAUUUACACAAAAUGUUCCUCAAAUUACAGAAUUCGCUUUCAAAGAUACAGUUAACUUCAGUAAUAUCGUAUACUGUGGUGAUGAUGAACCGGCCGAUGUUACCUUGCAGCAUCAUAACUACAUAUUUGUAUAUACAACUAAAGAAUACAAGGAAAAUACAUUCCUUGGCCAUCCAAUCCAACAGAAACUUGAUCAAUGCACUGAUACUCCACCAAAUCCACCAGCUCCAACAGCUCUUCCGCCAACUCCAGUAACUCCUGAACCAACAAAGGCUCCAACAGUAGCUCCAUACACGCCAACACCUAAGCCAGAUACGCCAAGCUCAUCUAAGGUAAUGAAGAUCACUGUUAUUGCAUUAGGUAGCUCAUUGGGUGUAUUAUUGGUUGUCUUCGUCAUUUUCUGCAUCAGAGUCCGUAGAUCUCCAAAGGCUAUCGAUACUCUUAACUCUACACCAUUGGUCAGUAACUCUCAACUUUAA